AGGGUCUAAACACUCAUCAUUCACACAAAGAUGGCUGGACUUGUGAUUUUUCUUCUCAUUAGCUCUCCACUGCUUGGUGUGCAGUGCGAUAAGUUUCAGGUCUCCUUGUUGCAAACUGUACGUGCGCUGAGAGGGUCCUGUGUGACCGUCCCCUGCUCCUUUGACAUACCGAGUGAAUAUGAAGCCAACUUAAAUGAACACUGUGAAGCAAAAUGGGUUUACAAAGAAGAAAGGAACCCACAACUGACUGACACAAAUGCCGUGACAGGAGACCUAACAAAGAAAAACUGCACCACCACCUUCAGCAAUAUGCGACUUGAUCACAGUAAUACUUAUUACUUCAGGCUGGAUUGCAGCGAUCCCCUGAUAGGGACAUUUAAAGUGGCAGGUGUGACUAUCACAGUCACAGAUAAUCUUCCCCCACCAACUCUGACUCCGUCCACACUAGAGGUGAAGAUUGGAGAGUUGGUGAGUUUGACCUGCUCUGCUCCAGCUCCCUGUCUGUAUCAUCCCCCAAAUCUGACAUGGACCCCCACACUGGGGGACACUCAGGAGACACUGCAGGAGAAUCAGGACAAAACUUUAGUUAAGACCUCUGUUCUGAGCUUCACUGCUUCUCCCCUCCAUGAUGGACAAAAGAUAUCCUGCACCUCUGUCUACAAGAGACAAAAUGGAAACUCUGAGGCCUCUUUUUCCAAUACAGCAAAUAUUUUGUGCACAAACUGUGGCCAGUUUGAGGUUUCUUUACCACAGACUGUACAGGUUCUGAGUGGAUCCUGUGUCACCGUCCCCUGCUCUUUUGGCAUACAGAGGAAAUAUGAAAAAGACUUGCAGGGAGGAUGCAGAGCUCUGUGGGUUUACUCAGAUUAUAGUGAUCCAAGACUAACAGAUACCAACCCAAUGACAGGAAACUUAACAGAGAAAGACUGCACCACCACCUUCAACAACAUGCGGCCUGGUCAUACCAACACCUAUUACUUCAGACUGGAUUGUAAUGAUUUAAAAUACACUUUUAAAACGGCAAGUGUAAAAAUUGAAGUCAAAGACAAUUUUCCUUCACCAACUCUGACUCCAUCGACACUGGAGGUGAAGGAGGGAGACUCUGUGAGUCUGACGUGCUCUGCUCCGGCUCCCUGUCUGCCUCAUCUUCCAAAUCUGACAUGGACCCACAAACUGGGGGACCCUCAGGAGACACUGCAGGAGAAUCAGGACAAAAUUCUAGUGAAGACCUCUGUUCUAAACUUCACUGCUUCUCCCCUCCAUGAUGGAGAGAAAAUCUACUGCAAUGCCACCUACAAGAAACAAGAUGGAAAGUUUGAUACAUCUUUGACUGCAACUACAAAUAUUGUGUGCACAAACUGUGGCCAGUUUGAGAUCUCUCUACCACAGACUGUACAAGUUCUGAGUGGAUCCUGUGUCACCGUCCCCUGCUCCUUUGGCAUAAAGAAAAAGUAUGAAAAGGACUUGCAUGGAGAAUGCAGAGCGCUGUGGGUUUACUCAGAUAGCAGCAAUCCAAGACUAACAGACACCAACCCAGUAACGGGAAACUUAACAGAGAAAGACUGCACCACCACCUUCAGCUACAUGCGGCCUGGUCAUACCAACACCUAUUACUUAAGACUGGAUUGUAAUGAUCUAAAGUAUACUUUCAGGACAGCAAGUGUAAAAAUUGAAGUCAAAGAUGAUUUUCCUUCACCAACUCUGACUCCGUCGUCACUGGAGGUGAAGGAUGGAGACUCGGUGAGUCUGACGUGCUCUGCUCCGGCUCCCUGUGUGCCUCAUCCUCCAACUUUGACAUGGACCCCCACACUGGGGGACCCUCAGGAGACACUGCAGGAGAAUCAGGACAAAAUUCUAGUUAAGACCUCUGUUCUGAACUUCACUGCUUCUUACCUCCAUGAUGGAGAGAAAAUUUACUGCAAUGCCACCUACAAGAAACAAGAUGGAAACUAUGAUACCUCUUUGACUGCAACUACAAAUAUAUUGUGCACAAACUGUGACCAGUUUGAGAUCUCUCUUCCACAAACUGUACAAGUUCUGAGUGGAUCCUGUGUCACCGUCCCCUGCUCCUUUGGCAUAAGGAGAAAAUAUGAAAAAGACUUGCAUGGAGAAUGCAGAGCGCUGUGGGUUUACUCAGACAGCAGCGAUCCAAGACUAACAGAUACCAACCCAGCAACGGGAAACUUAACAGAGAAAGACUGCACCACCAUCUUCAGCAACAUGCGGCCUGGUCAUACCAACACCUAUUACUUAAGACUGGAUUGUAAUGAUCUAAGAUACACAUUUAAAACAGCAAGUGUAAAAAUUAAUGUCAGAGAUAAUCUUCCUGCUCCAACUCUGACUCCGUCCACUCUGGAGGUGAAGGAUGGAGACUCAGUGAGCCUGACAUGCUCUGCUCCGGCUCCCUGUCUGUCUGAGCCUCCAAAUCUGAUUUGGACCCCCACACUGCGUAACAGUAAGGAAACACUGCUGGAGAAUCAGGACAAAACCAUUAAGACCUCUGUUCUGAACUUCACAGCUUCUCGGCAAAAUCAUGGACACAUCUCCUGCAAUGCUGUCUACAAGAAACAAGAUGGAAGCCGUGAUGUAACUUUUUCCACAACAGCAAAUAUUCUGUGUCCCGACUGUGACAGGUUUGAAGUCUCGCUACCACAAACUGUACAAGUUCUGAGUGGAUCCUGUGUCACCGUCCCCUGCUCCUUUGAAAUACAGAGAAAACAUGAAAAACACUUGCAUGGAGGAUGCAGACCUCUGUGGGUAUACCUAGAAAACCCUGAUCCAAGACUAACAGAGACAAAUUCAGUGACAGGAAACUUAACGGAGAAAGACUGCACCACCACCUUCUACAACAUACAGUCAGGUCACACCAGUACAUAUAACUUCAGAUUGGAUUGUAGUGAUCUAAAAUACACUUUUAAAGAAGCAAAUGUAAAAAUUGAAGUCAAAGAUAAUUUCCCCCCACCAACUCUGACUCCGUCCACACUGGAGGGGAAGGAGGGAGACUUGGUGAACUUGACGUGCUCUGCUCCCGCUCCCUGCCUGACUCAUCCCCCAACUCUGACAUGGACCCCGAUACUGGGGGAUGUUCUUGAAACACUGCAGAUGAAUCCAAAUAAAACUCUGGUUAAGACCUCUGUUUUGAGCUUCACUGCUUCCAGCCUCCAUCACAGACAGAAUAUCUCCUGCACUGCUGUCUACAAGAGAGAAAGUGGAAACUCUGAUGCAUCUAUGGCUACAAGUUUGAAAGCAGAUAUUUUGUUUCCUCCAAGGAUACUACCCUCUUCUAGUUGUAACAAAACAGCUGGUCAGAUCAACUGUUCCUGUGAAAUCAAAGGAAACCCGCCCAUUUUGCAGUGGUUUCUCAAUGGACAACCUGUCAAUCAAUCUAUGGAAGGUUUUGUCACCAUUAAGUCUCUAAAUGAAACAUAUCUGAGGAGCAUCAUCUCUCUGAAUCAACCAAAGGAAAGAAAUGUGUCCGCCUUGCUCUGCUUUGGCUUCAAUUCAUUGGGAUCAGACAGUAAACUUCUUUUUGUGAACUCCCUCCAGACUUCAGCAGAACAUCUAGUUCCUCCAAGGAUCCUGCCCUCUUCUAAUUGCACCAAAACAGCUAGGCAGAUCAACUGUUCUUGUGAAAUCCUGGGGAAACCUACCAUUUUGCAGUGGCUUUUCAAUGGGCAACCUGUGAACCAAUCUGGGGAAGGUUUUGUCAUCAGUCAGUCUCGGAACAAAACAUAUCUGAGGAGCACCAUCUCUUUGAAUCAAACACAGGAGAGAAAUGUGUCCUUCCUGCUCUGCUUCGGCUUCAAUUCAAUGGGAUCAGACAGUAAACUUAUUUUUAUCAACUCCCCUCAGACCUCAACAGAAAACUUAGUUCCUCCAAGGAUCCUGCCCUCGUCUAGAUGCACCACAACAGCUGGUCAGAUCAACUGUUCCUGUGAAAUCAUGGGGAAACCUCCCAUUUUGCAGUGGUUUCUCAAUGGACAACCUGUCAACCAAUCUGGGGAGGGUUUUGUCACCAUUAAGUCUCUAAAUGAAACAUAUCUAAGGAGCACCAUCUCUUUGAAUCAACCACAGGAGAGAAAUGUGUCCUUGCUCUGCUUUAGCUUCAAUUCUUUGGGAUCAGACAGUAAACAGCUUUUUGUCUACUCCCCCCAGACUUCAGCAGAACAUAUAGUUCCUCCAAGGAUCCUGCCCUUGUCUAGUUGCACCAAAACAGCUAGGCAGAUCAACUGUUCCUGUGAAAUCAUGGGCAAACCUCCAAUUUUGCAGUGGCUUUUCAAUGGGCAACCUGUGAACCAAUCUGGGGAAGGUUUUGUCAUCAGUCAGUCUCGGAACAAAACAUAUCUGAGGAGUACCAUCUCUUUGAAUCAACCACAGGAGAGAAAUGUGUCCUCCUUGCUCUGCUUCGGCUUCAAUUCAAUGGGAUCAGACAGUAAACUUAUUCUUAUCAACUCCCCUCAGACUUCAACAGAAAACUUAGUUCCUCCAAGGAUCCUGCCCUUUUCUAGUUGCACCAAAACAGCUAGGCAGAUCAACUGUUCCUGUGAAAUCAUGGGAAAACCUCCCAUUUUGCAGUGGCUUAUCAAUGGGCAACCUGUGAACCAAUCUGGGGAAGGUUUUGUCAUCAGUCAGUCUCUAAAUGAAACAUAUCUAAGGAGCACCAUCUCUUUGAAUCAACCACAGGAGAGAAAUGUGUCCUUGGUCUGCUUUAGCUUCAAUUCUUUGGGAUCAGACAGUAAACAGCUUUUUGUCAACUACCCCCAGACUUCAGCAGAACACAUAGAUAAGAAUUGGAUGUCUGUGUUUAUCGGAACAACUGUCAUCUUACUCCUACUUGUGUGUUUCUUGCUGAUUGUUAUCAGGUUUCAGAAGACUCACCACUACCCUGAAAUCAACACACUUGCAAGAAAAGGGAAAAAGGUACAAAACACAACCGAAGAUGACAAUAAAAUCAACACAAUCGAGCUAAGAGAGAAAAAAAUUGUCAAUUCAGGGACUUCUUCGACUUGAAUAAUCAUGUGUCUUACUUUGGUGACUUACUGUUGCAUUUACUCAAAAUAUUGAUGUCGAGGCAAGAAAAAGUAAAUAUUCUGCCAUAACUCUGCUGUUGCAAUGUUAAUUUGGAGAUUACGUUUUAUAUAGACAUAUAUGUGUUUGUUGGUUUUAGGGAUAUGUUGUAUUUUUACAGUAAAUGUACACUUACUUAGCUACAGUAGUCUUGCCUAUUAUUAUUUAACAAAACAAUUUAAACUGAAUUUUGCUGAAUAUUAAUGUUUUUCUUUUGUGUUUUCCAUAUUUACUUGUUGGUUAUUCAUGUUCAUUUAGGUCUUACUAUUUUAGUUUCUUUGUUUAUUCUUGAGUUUUGAUCUUUGUACAUUUAAUAUUUUUUCUGUUAUAGCUCUGUUUGUCUCUUCCUCCUUGAUUAAUAGUUUCCUUGUUUCUCAGCUCAGCUCUCUGUGGCAAUUCGUCUCUGUCCCUCAACUUCCCCGGUUUCCUUCUGUCACAGCUGCUCCACAUCUCUUCUGAUUGCACUUCUGGUUUGCUUGUCAUUUCUCUACCCUAAUCAGAAAAAUACAGAGCAAAAAUCUGGUUGCCUCCAAUUGAAGCCUGUUUGUGGUUUAAAAGUAUUGUUUACUUUCAUGCUUGUUUCUUGUGGAAAUUCUGACUUUUUCACUGUGUAUGACUUUUGUUCACCGUUGUACAAAAUAACUAGGGGUGUACAUCAACAGCUUUAUCACAAUAUGAUGUUAAAUUGAUUUGUUUCGAUGACAAUACGACAUUUGUGAUAUCACAAAAUCUGUUAAAAUAUGAUUUCCAUUAAAUUAAAUUCACAAGUCUACAAUCAAUAGGAUGUAAUAUCUUCUGCUCAUCUAACACUAUUAUUUAUAUUAAUCCUAAGUCUGCAGAAUUUCUACAUAUUGUUUUAGAUAAAUAUACAUUAACACUGCUAUUCAUAGUAGAUCUUUUUUUUAAUUAGGACAGAUGUAUCAGAUCAUUUCUCAAGUCUUGUCGGUUUUGAUAAAUGCAAAAGUGGCAAUUUAUUGUCUCGGUAAUACUGCUACCAAAGUAGUAUUACAAAUAUUACUUUGAGGCUUUGGUUACAUGUGCCACAGGUAAUGAGAACAGAGAAUUGCACUUUAUAUUUUAGAUCUAGGACUGUAUAUAUAGAUGUAUUCAUAUUUUUGGUGAUGCCUUCACAGUUGCUUUAUUAAUUUCUCUUUUUUUAAGCCAGGUAUUUGUCAGUAGACAAACAAAAUGGCUACUGAAAAGCUAAUGUCAAGGCGUUCCUUCUCUAAUGGGCUGCGUAAAUGGAUUUGCAGAGAUCCGUGGGUUUGAGCCCCACAUUGGGCGUAUGCUCUUUAUAUGACCUUUUAUUCCUGGGAGUGGCUGGCCUAGUGUUUAGAGCAGUGCGUUUCCGCUUUGAGAAGGUUGCAAGUACCUGGUUCGAUCCCCACAGCCUCCACUCUGGGUCCCUGAGCAAGACCCUUAACCCCACAUUGCUCCCCAGGCGCCGCAGAGUGGCAGCCUACUGCAUCUCCAAGGGGAUGGGUUAAGAUACAGAGAU